AUGCACAUCUGCAUCUCCCUCGCCCUCGUGGCGGCUUCGACAGCUGCAGCUCAUGCCAGGCUGGGCAGACGAGACGUGACUUGGGGUCCCAUUAUCGGCUUCCAGGAAACCAGUUCCGAGAUUAUCUCGACCACAUCGACAAUGUACCCCGGAAAGAUGCCCUCUGAUCAGAAGGGCUAUAUGUUUGCAUGGAUUGGUGUAGGCGUCAAUGGCGACGGUUAUGAUCUCAUCCAGUCCAUCGUUGGGUCAUAUCCGACUGGAUUGAGCGAGUGCAGCGGAACAGAUGCCGACUCAACGUGGUGUGUCUCAAGCGAGGUCUACGGUCUCGAUUCCUCCGGAACAACGACGCAGUUCGUUGGAGAAGAGACAACAGCCGACGCCAACUAUGAGAACGGAAUUGUGUUCAACUACACACUUACAGAUAUUUCGACAUAUUCGUGGACGCAAACCAUGAACGAUGCCGCCACAGGCGAGCUCUUGUCAACUUACACCAAGGUCUCCAAGCAGAAGUCGACAUUAUGGAAUACAGCUAUCGAGAUUCAGGACUACAACGGCGCUGAGGGCAGUGGGACCGUUGAGCCGCAGUACUAUGUCAACACCACUAUCGUACUGAAGGCUGCAGAUAAAGACUACGGAUCGACGAUCUAUGCAGAAUCCGGUGGAGUGUACACAGAGCCAACUACGUCCGAUGGAGGUAAAACUUGGUUUAUUGAGAAGAUCACUGUCCCAGCGAUGAGUUCCUAA